UAAAGAUAUUCGUUCUUACAUUGUACUGAAAGUAAAGCAGACCAACGACAACAGCAACAGCUCUACUUUGGUGCCUGAUCCUUUACUAUUCCGCCUGGAACCGUUGCAUAAAAUGUUGCGCUUUAUAAUUUCUGCUCUCCUGAUCGGUACGAUGUCUGUCGUGUCAGGAUUUGGGGUUGUCUCUUCAAGGGCCAUCGCUCAGCAUCGCUUUACCUCUCGAGAUGCGCGAAGUAUGAAGCUAUUCGCUAUUCGCUGCGAAGACAAAUAUUACCAAUUGGAAGAGAUGGAAGACAAGGAAAACUGCACCACAGAGCUAUACCUCAAAGGUGAUCGGACGGUGGAGUUUGGCGAUACAGAUGGUCCGAUAUGGACCGAAGCCGUCGGAUCUUGGCAAGUUAAGCCGGGCACCAACGAUUUUACCAUGGUUAUCAAGCGCAAAUACCAAACGGGUAGGGACGGCACCGACAUGGGUUCCUUCGAUUUUCAGACGGAACGUACCUUUAGCGGCGAAAUGACGCAGGUAGGUGCUUGUGUCGGUAUUACCGGAGUAGUACACGAGGCGGACAAUGGUUCCCCUUUACAGGAAGAGGAGAUUGGAUUUUUUAAUAUGAUUGAUGCGACUGAUGAACGCCUCAAAAACUCUGGGGGCGACGAAAAACUUGGAAAAUCAGCAACUUCGUACUAGAAAAGCUCGACUCUAUAGAGUUAAGACUCUUAGAAGCUUGGUUAAUUGACUGU